AUGGAGAACCCAUCAUUCGUUUUGCGCGCCGUCAAGGACGUUGUCAUUGAAGACCGUCCCAAGCCUGUUCUCAAAGAUCCUCACGAUGUCAUUGUCCACGUUGCACAGACCGGUAUCUGCGGUAGCGAUGUCCACUACUGGCAGCGUGGCCGCAUUGGUGACUAUAAACUCACCGGCCCUAUGGUUCUGGGCCACGAAUCCUCCGGUGUCAUUGUUGAGACCGGCGAAAAGGUGACCAACCUCAAGCCCGGAGAUCGCGUCGCCAUGGAGCCCGGUGUGCCUUGCAGACGCUGUGAUUACUGCCGUGGUGGCUCUUACCACCUUUGUGGUGACAUGAUCUUCGCUGCCACUCCACCCUGGGAUGGUACCUUGGCCAAGUACUACGUCAACGCCGCCGACUUCUGCUACAAGGUGCCCGACUCCAUGACCCUGGAAGAGGCAGCGAUGGUUGAGCCUGUCUCUGUUGCCGUGGCGAUCGCAAAGACGGCUGAUCUCCGUGCCCACCAGACAGUACUCGUUCUCGGCUGUGGCCCCAUUGGCGUUCUCUGCCAGGCUGUUGCAAAGGCCGCUGGUGCCAAGACUGUUAUUGGCGUCGAUGUUGUCCAGUCAAGGCUCGAGGUUGCCAAGUCAUACGGAACUGACCACGUCUUUACUCCUCCUCGUGCCGAGCCUGGUGCUGACCCCAUGGAACACGCUGAGAAAGUUUCGGAAUUGAUGAAAGAGCAGCUAGGUCUCGGUGAGGGUGCUGAUGUUGUCCUGGAGUGCUCUGGCGCUGAGCCCUGUGUUCAGUUGGGUAUCUUCGCGGCCAAGCGUGGAGCUACUUUCGUGCAAGCUGGAAUGGGCAAGGAGAACAUUACCUUCCCAAUCACCGCCGUCUGCACUCGCGGCUUGAUUAUCAAGGGAUCCAUUCGCUACCUGACGGGCUGCUACCCCGCUGCCAUUGAUCUGAUUGCCAAGGGUCAGAUCGAUGUGAAGCGCCUGAUCACCAACCGCUAUAAGUUUGAGGAAUCUGAGAAGGCGUUCGAGCUUGUCAAGGCUGGACGGCAAGAUGUGUUCAAGGUCAUGAUUUCUGGUGUUGACUAUUAA